AUGAAGCUUAUAGACGGUACUAUUCUGUCAAAUCCACAGCAAAUACAUUUGGAAGCCGUGAAAUAUCUUGAGACUUUUCUUACGAGCGGGGAAAGCGUAGUUUUGCCAGAUCUAUCACAGAUCAUUGAGUCUGUAGUUACUCAAGAGGGGGGGAGAGGUUCUUUGUGCCUUGUCGAAAGAAGAGGAGUUGGAUGCAUUUCUGAGGUGAUCAAAAAUAGUCAAUGGCGAAUCAGGGAGGGUUCUAUCUCGUUCUGGUAUGCUCAUUGGUUAGAGGAUGGCCCUUUGUCCAUGCAUGUAUCACAUAUUGAUCAACCAGCUCUUAAAAUCAAAGAUGUCUGCUUGGAUAGUGGUUGGAAUGUUGCUCAGUUGCUGCAACUCGUUGGGAAGCUUGUGUUAUGGCUAAGAGCUCGAUCUCCUCAAACCUCUUGGGCGAAAUGGGUAUGGCAUUCUACAAUACCAAAAAGAAUGUCAGUUUCAAUGUGGAAGGCUUUAUUUGGAGCUUUAAGUGUUGAUUGUCGAGUUCAUCAAAUGGGUGUAGCCUUAGCUUCUCGUUGUGAUUGUUGCCUUAUGGGUAAUGAAGAAACUAUCAGCCAUGUUCUGAGUACGGGCGAUGUUGCUAAUGAAGUUUGGAGAAAAGUCUCUGUGGUUUUGGGAAUAAGAUGGAGGUCUAAACAAAACUGGUAUGAUAGAAUUAAUUUAUGGUGGGCUAGAGCAUCAAAACAAUCACGGGUUGGAUGUUUACAUGGGUUACUUCCAACUAUAUUGACGUGGAGAUUAUGGAUGAGACAUUGCAAAGAUAGAAUGGAGGGUAAUCAUGAAACUGUGGAGGAGAUUUUUCGUCUAAUAAAAUUUUGGUUGCAAUAUGUGUCAGCCAAUCUGAAAAAGGUGCGAGCUCUUUUGCAGUCUGAAGAAUUACUUCUAAAAAACCUUGAUAUUUCUCUGGUGGUGUCUCUUGAGAGACAUUUUCGAGUUAUCAAAUGGACUAAACCUACGGUGGAUAUUGAAUGUGAUUCUUUGCUAGUGGUGUCUUGGAUUUUGGCAAGGAAAUGUACGCUAUGGUACUUGUGGGAUUUUUGGGAAGUCCUAAUUGAACUUUUAAAGAAGUUUGAUUUCCACGUUAUUCACGAGUAUAGAGAAGCUAAUCAGGUUGAGGACGAGUUGGUGAAGGUAGGUGCGAUGGGAAAUACAAAACGGUUCCUCUCUUGUAUGGAACUACCAUUUCUUUGUCGGGGGUUGAUUCGUCUAGAUAGAAUGGGGGUGUUGUACCUUCGUAAGAAAAGAUAG